GGAUGCAUGCUGAUUACCUUCCCACGGGCCAGAGUCGGUCACGACAAUUGCAAAGACCAUGGUCACAGACCUCAUGUCCUUCUACAAAGGCGACCAGCCCGGUCACACGCCUGGUCUGCUUCCUGACCCGUACUACUGGUGGGAGGCCGGUGCCAUGAUGGGCACGCUCAUUGAAUAUUGGCACUACACCAAGGACGAUGCAUAUGUCAACGCCACCAAACAAGCCCUGCUUUUCCAGGUUGGCGAAUACGACGACUACAUGCCCAUUAACCAAACCAGAACCGAAGGAAACGAUGACCAGGGCUUCUGGGGUCUCGCCGUCAUGUCCGCCGCCGAAUACAACUUCCCUCACCCUAAGGAAGACGAACCGCAAUGGCUCGCCUUAGCACAGGCCGUUUUCAACACCCAGGCUGCCAGAUGGGAUAAUGAACACUGUGGAGGAGGCCUUCGGUGGCAAAUUUUCCAGUGGAACACUGGGUACAAUUACAAGAACUCGAUUUCCCAGGCGUGCUUCUUCGCCCUCGGCGCCCGGCUCGCCCUCUUCACUGGCAACAAGACCUAUGCCGACUGGGCCGACAGGUCGUGGGACUGGAUGGAAAAGGUCAAAUUCAUCAACAAGGACAAGAAUUGGGCUGUUUACGACGGCGCACACAUCGAAACCGGUUGCACUAACAUUGUCCCCUACCAGUUUUCGUACAAUGUCGGCGGCUUCAUCCUCGGCGCGGCAGCCAUGUACAACUACACCGAGAGCGCGGAAUGGAAAUAUCGCCUCGACAGCUUGAUUGAGGGUGUCAAAGUCUUCUUCACGGGUCCCGACAAGGACAUCAUGGCCGAGGUCGCCUGUGAGCCCGUCAAACUUUGCAAUCUCGAUCAGCAAUCCUUCAAGGCCUAUUUGAGUCGCUGGCUGGCUGUUACUACCCAGUGGGCCCCCCACACCGCCGAUAUUAUCAGGCCACUAUUGAGAACGUCUGCUGUCGCCGCUGCGAAACAGUGUGUUGGAGGUGACAACGGACACAUGUGUGGUAUGAUUUGGACCAACGGCAAAUACGAUGGAUCGACCGGUGUAGGACAGCAGAUGGCCGCCUUGGAAAUUACACUCUCCUGUAUAGUUGGACAACGACCCGCCCCUUUGACAGCCGACACCGGAGGUACCAGUAAAGGUGACGCCGGCGCUGGUUCCGAGGAUAUUGGACGGACCGAGCCGAACCGGAAUUGGAAGAAGAUAACCGCGGGCGACAGAGCAGGGGCCGCCAUCCUUACCGCGCUCGUCAUCGGUUUGCUCCUCUUUGGCAUUGGAUGGCUAAUGGUCGACGAGAGGUCGGAAAAGAGUGCGAUGGAGCAAUUUAACGGUUCCUACGUUUCGACGAUGGCUACCAUCGCAGCCUUUGCUGGGCCUGGGGCAGUCGCCGCAGCUCUGCAUCGGAAGGACGCAGCAGUAGUCAGAGAGAAAGCUGUUGGAUCCGACUCAACCAGCGAACGCAGUGGCGAGAAGGAAAUUGCUGAUCUCCCCCCUGUUGUGAUUGGAAACGUGCGCAACCAGGAGCCGAGUCUACAGCAUCGUCGGGUAUCAAGCAUGCCCAUAGGAUGGCCACAUAACCCAUCUAUGAGAGGGAGUGUCAUGUAUGACCCUGAUGGCAUUUAUCCUGCGUCUGGAACUCAGUCUAGAGUCGACCUCGCAAGCCUCUACAAAACGCCGAACUUCUCUCGACCGGAUCUGAUUUCAACGGAGAGACACAGCCAAAUUUCCGAAAAUACAAGCCAGAUCGAGGAAACAAGGCGCUCUGGAGAGAACUUCCACGACUCUUCUGAAACAAGCGGAUCGACUGGAGAAAAGAACCAAGUGGUAGACGGCACCAACAGUUCCACAGAACACGAUUCAUCUGAAGGAACAACCAGUCGUGAUGUAGAGGAAAACGAUCGACCGGCAGAAAAUAGCGUCCCUUUGGAGGACAAGGGAAAGGGUCAUGAAGCUCCUAUCGAGGACAUUCAUCACAAAGAAGAAUCCGACUCGCCGCCAAAGGAAAGCGAAUCGUCAGGAGAAACACCUAUUGUGACGAAAUAAUCAAUUGCCCUAUAUGUAUGGGAUCUUAUGAAGGUUGAUGGGUAUUAAAUAUUGCUUGGGACAACAUGGCGUUGGACUGCAGCAUUUCUGGGUGGCGUUUGACGGAGGCGGCGCAAAUCGAUUAC